CGUCAUAGUCCGCCGGCGGGAUGGACUUCGGCGCCGAAUCGCCGCAGCCAUUUCUCUCGACGGGAAUAACGCCGGGAGAAAAAAUAUACAGAGCAGUCUCGUCAGUCUACAAUUCUCUACCGAAGAAAGGAAAGCCUCAAGGCCGGGAAGUCACCGUGUUGGCUGCCUUUCUCAUAUCUUCUCCACAUCGCGGCAAAUCCGAAUUAAAAUCUUGAAAUUCAUCGUCUGUUUAAAUACAUUCGCCUCGUAUAUGCUGUAAUUUCUUCAUUGAUAUCAGAACUGGAGGUUGUUUCGCUUGGAACUGGGACGAAAUGCAUUGGGCGCUCUCGUCUGAGUUCAAAUGGCGACGUUGUUAACGACUCUCACGCUGAGAUUGUAGCCAGAAGAGCUUUUAUGAGGUUUAAUUUUGAUUUUUUUAAUAGAAAGAAUUCCAAAUACUAUGGCGUGAACUCGUGAUGAUUGAUGAAUGAGACUAAUCACAUCUUGGAGGUAGCAGGAGGUUUAUGUCCACAAUGGAUGAUGUAUUUUGUUGAACAAGUAAAUGGAGCUCAUAAAUAUUUCCUGAAUCAUAUCAGAUGAUUCUGGACGAAGACGAUUGGUGAUGAAGCCGGGUUGGGAAUUACAUCUGUACAUAUCACAAUUUCCGUGCGGAGAAGCCUCGCCAAGUUCAGAACUUGCUCACCUAAGAGAGAGUCAUUCAAUGACUGACAAUCACCAUUAUUCCCCAUUAGAGCUCAAUGGAACAGUUGAAGGAGAUAAUUCAAUGGUUAUUGGCACAGUUUUGAGGAAGCCAGGUCGUGGAAAUACGACUUUGUCAGUCAGCUGCUCUGAUAAGAUUGCCCGAUGGAAUGUUGUUGGAGUUCAAGGAGCACUACUUUCUUACUUCAUGGAGCCAGUUUACAUUUCUUCAAUAACAGUUGGACAAUCACCUAUAAGCUCUGACAAUUCCAACACUGAAGAACGAAUGAAGAGAGCUGUGUAUGACCGGCUUCUACCAUUAUCAUCCAAAAUUAUGUCUCCCUAUGAAGUGAAAAAGCCAAUUUUCAUGGUAGCUCCAAUACCAUCAACCGAGUUUCAGCACUCUGAAACUGCCUCAGCCACCUUAACAUGUGGGUAUGUUUUAGUUCUUUACCCGUUUUUUUCUUUGAAGGCUGCUAGUUUCGUCUAUCUUAUAAAAAAAAUUUAUCCUUGUAAAAUCACUGUUAGUAUGCCUCUUGAAUGAAAGGUACUCCAUAUGUUGGAACAAGAACUAAAGGUAAUUUUUACUUCUUCAGUUCUAGUGUUCUACAGGUCCUGAUCUACUAAUGUCUAUUGUAAGUUGUGAUGCUCAUAAUUAUAUUAUAUAUUGUCAUCUAGAGUUCAAUCUAAUUGAUCUCACUUGCUCUAUACUAUGUAAUGGUUAUCCAGGUGUGGGCUCCAAAAAUUAGUGGAAUAAACAAUGUUCUCUAGUCUUCCUUCUUUCAAUUUUCUGUUGCAGGGACAAGCUGUGGAUUACACUAUUGCUUCAAGAACCUUCAAACAGAGCCCACAUUUUAAAAACUGGUUUAUGAAACCUUACAACUCUGAGGCCUUCAUGCAUACUGGACACUGAGGCCAGGAUCAGAAUGAGGAGGCAUGGUGCAAGGGCUUGAUUCUGAUGCAUUGUUCACCAUUGAAAAUAAUCUGAAUUUCUUCCUCAACCCUUUGACAGAACAAAUCAGUGCCUCGUGGCACACUUCAACAGCUUCUUCAGAUUUACCUCUUUUGGAUGAGAAUUUCCCCAAUCUACUGCAAAUUUGGUCGAUCUGCAUUUUUCUUUUUUCAUUGAUCGGCCAAUAAUGGACUGUGGGUACAAGGCUUCGUGUGAAGAAAUCAUAGUAGCGAGGGUUUAUGAUCAGACUCAUGGAAUCACAGGCAAGAAUAUACUUCUCACUCACUGGCCAUGAAACUCCUUCGACAUAAAUUUUAUACCUGCCACAGAAAUCAUUGUGUGAAAGCUGGAAUACUGCGUAGUCUUGAAAUGUCCAAGAGUUUCACAACAACACAAACCUAUAAGUGCAUUGGUUCACCAAAUCUGAGGUGUUGAAUCCCUCGGUUUUCUCAUGAAGCCAGUCCUGAAAAUGGCUAAUUGCAGUCUUCUAAGUAAAAUAAUUGCAGAAAACAUUU